GACUGCAUCAUCCAACGUUUUGUAAGCCCGUUAAUCUAGUAUUAACAAUGCAACACCACUCGAAGUUUGUUUGACCACGACUGCUUAAAAGAUAACCAUCUCUGGCGUAGAUCACUCAAAAUCAACACUCAGCAUUCACACCUCUACUCUACCAUUGCAACCUCCAAGCUCAAUCGCACUCAAAGUUCCAUCUCCAAACUAUCCGUCAAUACCUCGAAGCAAUUCAAAAAUGGCUCUCGCUCCCAAGUUUGCCGGUCAAAGGCUUCUCUUUGCCCAGCCCACGGCCGAGGCCGGUGUGGCUCCAGCAGUGCACACCCUCGAAGUCUACCUCGACUACGUUUGUCCGUUUUCUGCCAAGCUCUUCAACACCCUCUACAACAGCGUCGUCCCACUCAUCAAGGAGAACCCCGCCUGGAAGUCCAAGAUUCAGAUCAUCUUGCGCCAGCAGGUGCAGCCAUGGCACCCGUCGUCGACGCUGGUGCACGAGGCCGCCGUGGCCGUGCUCCAACUCGCGCCUGCCAAGUACUGGGAGUUCAGCAAUGUGCUGUUCAAGGCGCAGGCGGACUACUUCGACGUCAACGUCGUGAACGAGACGCGCAACCAGACUUACAAGCGCCUCGCCAAGCUGGCAGCUAGUGUCGGGGUCGACGAGACCAAGAUUUACGAACUGCUGGAAAUUAGCGACAAGGCGGCGGACGAUGGCGGCUUGAAUAAUGGAAAUAAGGUGACGAAUGAUCUCAAGGUUCUCAUCAAGAUGGCCAGACUGGUCGGUGUGCAUGUCAGCCCAACUGUUAUCUUCGAUGGUGUCGUCGCCAAUGAUAUCAGCUCGGGCUGGACGAGGGAGCAGUGGUCGGAGUUUCUGGGUAAGAACCUCGCAUAGGCGGCGGUUAACGUCACAAAAACCCAAUCUUGAUAGCCUAAGAAAUACAUGCAACUGAAAGACAUAUCUGAUUUGCCAUCGCCCUGGUUACGAACGAUGUAUUGCUGUAACUACGCGUGUGAAGCUCCUGGAGGCGGGUUACUGCAGGUCAAGCGGCGAAGCUACCCUGUACCUAUGAAAUGUCACCCACCUGCAAGCUAAAUUUCAUGAGCUCGAACUUCGCACGACUUGG